AUGCUCGCAGGGACACAGCGCCUCUCCAGCCUGCACUGGUGCCGAGGGCUCCCGAGAAGUGGCAACGACAACCUUCUCAGGCACUUGGCUGCGGUCUGGGUCUGCGAUGGCCGGCGAGCAUUUGGAAAGGAUUACAAGGAAGAGGGUCCCCAGGCAGGUGCAGAUGGCAGCAUGCAACCCGAGUCUUCCCUGCCCAGUGGGGGCCCUGCAGAGUCCCCGUACCCCCCACCACCUGAGCUCCUGCCCCCCACAAACUGCUGCAUGAGCGGCUGCCCUAACUGUGUGUGGGUGGCGUAUGCUGAGGCUCUGCUCCAGCACUACCAGGAUGGCGGGGAGCGGGCUCUGUCCGCCCUGGAGAUGCACGUGACUGACGAGACCCUCAAGGCCUUCAUCCGGAUGGAGAUACAGCUGAGCAUGCGCCGUGGCGGCUGA